AUGAAUAAAAUUAACCUAAUUAGUUAUUUAUUUAUUUGCCCUUUGAAUGUAACACAUAUAUUAGAUUCAAUAUUUUAUAUGCAUGAAAUAAAUAAAAAUGUAAAUAGUAAUAAAGAUUUAUUUAUAUAUGAUAGUAAAAACAUAAGUAAUGGAAUAGAAACAUUAUAUCAUGAUAAACAAUUACAUGAAGUUUCUGAAAUAUUUUUUCAACUCUCUCAAAAGUAUAAGCCUUACUUUGAUCAAAAUGGACAAGACAAACUAAAUAUAGUAGAAAACAAAAAAAACAAUAAUGAUGAUAUAUAUAAAUUUAAGGAUAUAAAUAUUAAUGAAGAUGAAAUAUAUUUUUUAUAUGAGAAUGUAAAAACGAAGCAAGUUAAAAAAAUACAAAUUAAUAAAACAAAUAAAGUUAACAACUAUUUAAAUCUAUUAAAUAUUAAUAAUUGUAUAUAUAAAUUAAAUAUGAUUGAAUAUAAGAAAAUAAAAAAUAUAAUAGAUCAUAGUAAUGAUAUUGUAUUAAAUACUUAUUAUAUAUAUUUAUUAUUAUUAUUUUUUUCAUUAUGUAUAUAUAUAGAAAAAAGUUUAUUUAUUAUUUUCCCUAUAUUAAGAAGAUGUGAAAUUAUUAUGACCUUGUUUAUAGUAUUAGUACCAUCAAUUAUUUAUUUAUUUUUUUAUUUUUAUUUUACAAUAACUAAUGUUAUAUCUUUAUAUAUAUUUUUUUAUUUCCUAUUUUAUACAUAUACACACAAAUGGAAAAAAAAUGAUAAAGUAAAUACAGAUGAUAAGACAAGCAGUUCAAAAGUUGACCUUGUAGAAAAUCAAAAAAAAUCAGAUCAUUCUUAUAACUGUUUAAUACAUACCAGAUUAAUAAAUAUGUGUAUUACAUAUUUAUGUAUAUUUGCUGUAGAUUUCUUUUGUUUUCCAAAACAUUUUAAAAAAUCAGUUUAUUAUGGGAAUACAUUGAUGGAUUUAGGGAUAGGGGCAUGUAUAACAACCAGUGCAUAUUGUUAUAAAAAAAAACACACACAAGUUGAUAUAAAUAAUGAAAAAAAACAAUCUGAUGAGUGUAAUAUAAAAAAUGAUAAUACAGUUAAAUAUAGACAACAAAAUAAUGAUAUUUUAAAAAUUAUUAUGAAAUAUUUGAUUUUAUUUAUUUUUGGAAUUGGUCGAUUUUUUGCUAUAACAAUUUUUAAUUAUAAUUAUAGUAUCACAGAAUAUGGUAUACAUUGGAAUUUCUUUAUGACUUUAUUUUUUUUAUUAAUUAUAACAGAUAUAAUAUUUAAUAUAUUUAAAAAUAAAAAAACCACAAUUUUUAUUUUUAGCUGUAUUGCAAUCUGUAUAUAUGAAUUAUUUAUAUACAUAUUUGAUAUACAUAGUUAUAUAUUAUUUAAGGGUAUGAGAAAAACAUUUUUCGAAGCAAACAAAGAAGGAAUAUUUAACCUUAUAGGGUCAAUCAACUUAUAUACAUUCUCUUAUUCGUUUUGGAAUAUAUUUAUUAUUAAUCAUAGUGAAGAGAUAAAGAAUAAUUCAACAAAUUUACAGAAUGUGCAUAAAAAACCUGUCUUUAAUAAUACUAUUUACAACCGUUUAAGAUAUAUAAAAAAUAAAUAUUAUAACAUAUAUUUAAAUAUAAAAAUAUUUUUGUUUGCUUUUCUUUUUUAUGUAUUUCAUUCUAUACUAAAUAGAUAUGGAAAAUACAGUGUCCGAGUUUUAUGUAAUGCUAACUACAUAUUUAUAAUAACAUCGAUUAGUUUAUUUAUGGCAGGAUUAAGUUAUUUUAUAGAGCAAAUAAUAACAGAAAAAAUAAAUAUAAAUAUUUUAGACAAGAUUAAUUAUAAUACUUUAUUAAUAUUUAUAUUUUGUAAUAUUACUUUAGGAUUAUUUAAUAUUUUAUUUCAUUCAUUAUUAUAUCCCCUUAUUUUAUCCAUAUUUAUAUUAACUUUAUAUUCUUUAUUUUUUUUAAUUUUUGCAAAAUUCUUGCCAGUAUACUCAAGAAGAAAAUCUUAA